AUGGACACUCUUCUAACCGCCGAGAUUGCGGCCAAUGCCCCUCGCUACCGCCGCAAGAGCUCAACUUUCAUUGAUGCCAUUCACGAUAUUCCCCAUGGGCAAGAUUUGGCCCCAGCCCAGCUUUACAGUACCAUGUCUGGCCGACUCUUUCACUCCGGGCGUAUCGUCAUCGUCAUGGUUGGCCCACCUGCGCGUGGUAAAACGCAUAUAUGCGUCUCCAUGGCGCGAUACUUGAGCUGGCUCGGCGUUAAGUCUCGGAUCUUCCAUCUGGGUGACUACCGUCGAGCAACUGUCGGCCCUGACGGGUCUAUUCCUGACGACUAUUUCUUCCCGAAUGCGUCACCAGCCUCCGUUAUUCUGCGCCAGAAGAUCUUGAAGAAGUGCCGCGAGGACAUCUACUCCUGGUUGAACCAUGACAACGGACAAGUGGCGAUCUACGAUGCAGUGAACCCUACUGCAAAUGGAAGACGCUCCCUGGCCAAGGAGUUUGCAAAGCACGAUGUUCAAACUUUAUUCAUUGAAUCAUUUGUCGACGACGAACGUAUCCUGCGAGAGAAUGCGAGAAACGUUAAGAUCUCGUCCCCAGAUUUCGCUGGAAUGGAACCUGACGAGGCUGCCAAAUUAUACCUCCAAAGGAUUGAGAUGAAGAUCCCUGUUUUCGAGACCAUGAAUGAGAAGGAGCUGAACUACAUCAAAAUGAUCAACGCAGGAACCAAGUUCUUCUACAACAACGUCAGCUUUAACUAUCUCGCUCAUCGAAUUGUCUUCUAUCUCACAAACCUACACAUCAAAUCGCGAAAGACUUUCUUCGCCCGAGCUGGCACAACAGCAGAGGAGGAUUCGUACAAGGCCGAUGCUCCCCUGUCCCUCGAAGGAAGAGACUACGCUCAAAAGAUGUCCGAAGCACUCUUAAAGCAUCGUGAACAAGAACGACUCACGACUAUAGCGGAAGGAGGUACAGAUGCCCCCUUGCCACCACUCACCGUUUGGACAUCGACUCGAAUGCGUACGGUGCAAACCUCUGAUGUACUGAAUGAGAAGGGUUACAAGGUCCGCCAGCGAUCACAGCUCAGCCAAAUCAACCCCGGUGUAUGCGAGAAGAUGUCUGAGCGUAUGAUCCGUCAAAUCUACCCAGAUGAGGUCGAGAAGCACGAACUAGAUCCUUACCAUCACCGAUACCCCCGUGCAGAGUCGUACCACGAUCUUGCCGUUCGCCUGGAGCCUAUCAUCCUUGAGCUGGAACGAGAACAGACCGAUCUUCUCAUCAUUGCUCAUGAGUCUGUGCUUCGCGUGCUCUACGCCUACUUAAUGCACUGCUCUACUACUGACAUUCCAGUAAUCAAUUUCCCGCGUGACGAAAUUAUCGAGAUCGUCCCUGCGGCGUAUCAAAACGAGGCCAAGCGAAUUCACAUACCUGGCCUCAACCCUCAGAUCGUGCCUGGCUCGCCUCAGGAUAUCAAGAUCCCUGUCCCGAGCAGCGGAGUUGUGAGCGCGCAGCUUUCCCCAAUCCCAAGCGGCGUUGGCACUCCAGCAGAGCACGCUGAACGGCCACCCGAGAAAGUCAUCAACACGGCCAAGGAUAUGGUGGCAGACAAGGUCAACGACGAGGACUAG